AUGGACUCCUGGAUAUUCUCAUCAACCCCUCCGAACUUGUCGGAUCACUUCAUUUAUGACAGCUUCAUGCAGAUCAAUGGCUCUGGCCUUAACAACGGGAGCGAGACAGACCACAGCUUCAACAGAACCAGCACGGUGGUCAUCACCUGCAUGUACUUUCUGGUCUGUGCUGUGGGUCUCUGCGGGAAUGCUCUCGUCAUCUACGUUAUCCUGCGUUACGCUAAGAUGAAGACAGUCACCAACAUUUACAUCCUCAACUUGGCAGUGGCAGAUGUCCUCUUCAUGUUGGGCCUGCCUUUCAUCGCCAUCCAGCUGGCGCUGGUCCACUGGCCGUUCGGGCCCGUGCUCUGCAGGGUCGUGAUGACCGUCGACUCUCUGAACCAGUUCACCUCCAUCUUCUGCCUGAUGGUGAUGAGCAUCGAUCGCUAUCUGGCCGUGGUUCAUCCCAUCAAGUCCACAAAGUGGCGCAAGCCCCGCAUGGCCAAGACUAUCAACCUGGCAGUGUGGGGGGUGUCCUUGUUGGUCAACCUGCCAAUUGUCAUCUACAGUGGAGUGAUUACAAAGCAAAAUGGCUGCUUCUGCACCAUUGUGUGGCCCGAGCCACAAGAAGCGUACUACACAGCCUUCAUGUUCUACACCUUCAUUCUGGGCUUUUUCAUGCCCCUUAUGGUCAUAUGCCUCUGCUACCUGUUCAUCAUCAUCAAGGUAAAGUCUUCAGGCAUUCGUGUAGGCUCUUCCAAGAGGAAGCGAUCAGAGAGAAAGGUGACCAGAAUGGUGUCCAUCGUGGUGGCAGUGUUUGUCUUCUGCUGGCUGCCCUUCUACGUCUUUAAUGUGACCUCGGUGACAGGCACCAUCAGCACCACUCCCAUCCUGAGGAGCACCUUCGCGUUUGUGGUCGUUCUGGGAUACGCCAACAGCUGCGCAAACCCCAUCCUUUACGCCUUCCUGUCAGAAAACUUCAAGAAGAGUUUCCAGAAUGUUCUGUGUCUCAAGAAGGUAGGGGGGCUGGAUGAGGUUGACCGGAGCGACAGCCGGCAGGACAAAUCCCGCAUGAUGAAUGACCCCACGGAGACCCAGAGCACUCUGCUGAAUGCUGACCUGCAAACCAGCAUUUAA